AUGGCGGCCGCUCUGCUCGCCUACUUCUCUUUGAUUUCUGGAGAAACAGAAGUAAAGUUUGCAGGACAAACAGAAUUUGUGGUGAAUGAAACAACUACAACAGUUAUACGUCUUAUUAUUGAAAGAAUAGGAGACCCAGUGAAUGUCACAGCAAUUGUAUCGGUUCAUGGUGAAAAUACAGGUGAUUUUUUUGACACAUACGCAGCAGCAUACAUAUCCCAGGCAGAAACAAAUCGAACUGUUUUCAUUUCUGUUUGUGAUGAUGAUCUUCCAGAGGCUGAUGAAACAUUUAUAUUUUAUUUGACAUUACAGAAGCCGCUUCAAGGAGUAAAGCUUGGAUUGCCCAGAACUGUAACUGUAAAAAUUUUAUCAAAUGACAAUGCUUUUGGAAUUAUUUCUUUUGAUAUGGUACAAGGUGGCCCAAAUUCUCCUGAAGAAGAUUUGAGUCCAAUAAAGGGAAAUAUAACUUUUACACCUGGCACAGCUAUCUUGAUUUAUAACUUAUUUGUUCUUGAUGACCAGGUAUCAGAAAAUGAUGAAAUAUAUAUUAUACAUUUGAGAAGUGUGGAAGGGGGAGCUGAAAUUAAUACAUCAAGAAAUUCUGUUGAGAUUAUUAUUAAAGCAAAUGACAGUCCAGUGCGAUUCACUCAGAGUAUUUAUAUGGUACAUGAAGAAGACGAUAUAAUAGCAAUAACUGUAGUUCGAGGAAAAGAUGAUGGUGGAAAUAGAAUUGGACCAGAUGAAAAUCAAGUUUCCAUAUGCUACAUCAUUGUAACUGGGAACUCUUCACUACAUGCACAGCUUAACUUAGACUUUCUAGAUCUACAGCCAAAUACAACUAUAGUUUUCCCACCUCUAGUGCAUGAAUCUUAUAUUAAAUUGAAAAUAUUUGAUGAUGCCAUACCAGAAAUUGCUGAGACGUUUCAUAUCAUACUACUUAAAGACACUUUGCAAGGAGAUGCCAUUUUGAAAAAUCCAGCAAUUGUCCAAGUUACCAUUAAACCCAAUGAUAAACCAUAUGGAGUACUAUCUAUCAAUAGUAUCUUGUUUACUCAGACAGUUGUUAUCAAUGAAGAUCAAAUGCUGAGGUAUGAAGGCAUUACUGUUGUAAGGAAUGGUGGAACACAUGGAAAUAUUUCAGUUUCCUGGAUUAUAACUCGCAAUAGCACAGAUCCUUCACCUGUGACAACAGAUCUCACUCCAGACUCAGGGGUGUUACAUUUUGCUCAAGGGCAGUUAUUGGCAUCCCUCCAUCUGAAUAUCAUUGAUGAUAAUAUCCCUGAAGAAGCAGAGCCAUAUUUGCUUCAAAUUUUAGAUGAUACAAUGCAAGGAGGGGCAGAAGUGAGUGACCCAGCUGAGCUUUUGUUCUACAUUCAGGACAGUGAUGAUGUUUAUGGUGUAAUUCAGUUCUGUCAUUUGGAGCAUCAGAGGAUAGAAAGCAGCCCAGAUGGACGCUUUUUGUCCCUUAGCUUUGCAAGGCAAAGGGGAACUGUGGGAGAUGUGAAGCUCUUUUAUAUUAUCAUGUAUAUUCCUUCUGGACCUGUGGAUUCUGAACGAGCUAAAGAAGGUGUUUUAAACACUUCCAGAAGAAGUAUUCUCUACUUUCCAGAAGGAAAACCUAAUGACACCAUUAAAAUACCAAUAAGAAAUGAUGCAUUUCUUCAAAAUGGAGCCCAUUUCUUAAUACAGCUGGAAAAAGUUGAAUUACUGAAUAUUAUUCCUCGAAUUCCUUCUGUAAGUCCUCGAUUAGGUGAAAUUAAAAAUGUAUCAUUAAGAAUUACACCUGAUAUAGCAAAUGGAGAAAUUGGCUUUAUCAGCAACCUUCCAAUAAUUUUACUUGAGCCAGAAGAUUCUCUUUUUGCAGUAAGCUCCAUUCCUUUGCAUCGAGAUGGGACAGAUGGACAAGCCACUGUAUUCUGGAGCCUAACACCUACAGGCCUCAAUUCAAAAGCUGUGACUAUUGAUGACAUAUGGCCUUUUUCUGGUUCAGUUCUGUUUUUAUCUGGACAAAGUGACACAGCAAUCAACAUUACUAUUCAAGCUGAUGACAUACCAGAAAUGAAUGAGACCCUAACAUUAUCAUUAGACAGUGUGAAUGUGGAAAAUCAAAUCCUGAAAUCUGGAUAUACUAGUCGCAAACUGAUCAUUCCAGAAAAUGAUGACCCUGGAGGAGUGUUUGAGUUUGCUUCAUCUUCCAGAGGUCCCUAUAGGAUAAAGGAAGGAGAAUCUGUUGAACUCCAGAUUGUACGUACCAGAGGAGCACUUAUGGAGCAAUUUCUACACUACACUAUAGAGCCAAGAGACAGCAAUGAGUUCUAUGGAAAUACAGGAGUUCUGGAGUUUAAACCUGGGGAAAGAGAAAUUAAAAUUACUUUGCUAACAAGGAUGGAUGAGAUUCCAGAGUUAGAUGAAUUUUAUUCAGUGCUCCUCAGUAGCCAUGGUGACCUGCCAAGUAAGCUGGGAAAUGCUACAAGAGUCAACAUCACAAUUCUGAAAAACAAUGAUCCACAUGGAAUUAUUCAGUUUGUUGACAAUAUGCUGAUAGUAACAAUAAAUGAAAGUAAAGCGGAAGACUUCUAUGCUGCUGUUUUUAAAAUAAUAAGAAACCAAGGAACCUUUGGGAGUGUGAGUGUAUCCUGGGCAACGAACUCAAUUUCUACGAAAGAUAUUUUUCCAGACCAAGGAACAAUUUUUUUUGGAAAUGAGGAAUUUUCAAAAGAUAUCACCAUUUAUUCAGUCCCCGAUGAGAUACCUGAAGAAAUGGAGGUAUUCAUAAUUAGUCUUUUCAAUACGACAGGAGGUGCUAGCCUAGGAAAUAUAACGACAGCAACAUUGCAGAUCACCAAAAACGAUUAUCCAAUUUACUUUGCAGAUCCUGUUAUUCUGAAGGUUCAUGAAGGUGGCAUUGCUGAAUUUGUAGUUGUAAGAAAUGACUCUGGUGCUGAUGUUGUUUCUGUUUUAUAUGCCACUAUUGAUGGAAAUGCCAGUGCUGAAGAAGAUUUCUUGUCUUAUGAAAAAAAUGGAGUCCUUUGGUUUGAUAUUGGAAUAAAAGAACAGAAUAUAACUAUGUUUAUCCAUGAUGAUGAUAUUCCUGAAUCAGAUGAGAAUUUUUAUAUAAUUCUCUUCAACUCUACAGGAGACACAGUUGUUUACAAACCUAGAAUGGCAACAGUUAUAAUUGAAGCAAAUGAUGAUCCAAAUGGCAUUUUUUUACUUGAGUCUACAGGCAAAGCAGUAGAAGAAGGCAAAACCAAUGACUUUUUGAUCCUGAGGCAAAGAGGCUACUUUGGCAAUGUUUCUUUGGCCUGGCAACUAUUUGGCAAUAAUUCUGCUUUAGAUCCUGGACAAGAAUUCUAUGAAGUGUCUGGAACUGUAUGGUUUAUAGAGGGUGAAAAGUCACAGCCUAUAAUGCUUCAUGCUAUUCCUGAUAACAUUCCAGAAUUCAAUGAAUUUUAUACUUUAAAACUUGUGAAUGCUUCAGGUGGGAUUCCUGGUGGCCAGUUAUCAGAAAGCAAACUUUCUGUGACUGUGAUGAUCCCAAUUAAUGAUGAUCCCUAUGGAGUGUUUAUCUUAGAUCCGCAGAGCCAAGACAGAGAAGUAGCAGAAGAUAUUCAGUCUGAGGAUGACACGUCCUGCUUUACCAGUUUUACAGUAUGGAGGCAUCAGGGAACUUUUGGAACUGUCAGGAUUGGCUGGGAAAUAUUAUCUAGCACCUUCAGAGAAGGAUUACCUCUAAUGAUUGACUUCUUAUUGCUUGGAAAGUUUACAGAUUCAGUGAAGUCAAAGCCUCACAUGCGACGGCAUCACACUGGAACAGAUGCUUUAUAUUUUAGUGGUGAAGAAGAUGCAUAUGGGAUAAUUGAGCCAGAGCUCCAUGUUAGUAAAAACAAAAUACUUAGUGUCUUCACAUUUUCAGCAUGGGUACUUCCUAGUGCCAACAACGAUGGAUUUAUAAUAACAAAGGACAAUAAUAAUGGACUAAUAUAUUAUGGAGUAAAAAUAGGCACAAAUGAAUCCCAUCUUACUUUAGGGUUCUAUUACAUGCCAUUGCAGUCUAAUAUGACUUAUAUAGCUAAGAUCACGAUUAUGAAAUACUUGGAGGAAAAUAUUUGGAUUCACCUUCUGAUUAUGCUCAAUAAUGGCACUCUUGAGUUUUUCAUUGAUGGCAAACCUAUGCCUGGGGGCAUUAAGAGUCUCAAAGGAAAAGCAAUUGCUGAUGGACAAGGCAUAAUGAAAGUUGGUGCUGGCAUAAAUGGUGGCAGCAGGUAUAAAGGAUUGAUGCAAGAUGUGAGAUUUUAUGAAUGUAAAUUAACAAACGAAGAGAUCAGUGAACUUCACGCUAUGCCAGCAAAGUCUGAUUUGUACCCCAUCUCUGGAUACUUAGAAUAUCGACAAGGAGAAAGGAACAAAUCAUUCAUUGUUUCUGUCAAAGAUGACAAAGAAGAGGAAGGAGAGGAGCUGUUCAUUCUAAAGCUUAUUUCAGUUUAUGGAGGAGCACGAAUUUCACAAGACAAUGCAACUGCAACAUUAAGAAUCCAGAAAAGCGAUAAUGCCAAUGGAUUAUUUGGUUUCACGGGAGCGUGUAUUCCAGAGGUCUCUAAUGAAGGUUCUACUGUAUCUUGUGUAGUGGAACGCACCAGAGGGGCCUUGGAUUCUGUUUUUGUGUAUUACACUAUCUCUCAGAUUGAUUCUUAUGGCGUUAAUUAUACUGUUACUGACUUUGCUAACAGUAGUGGGAUUAUAACAUUCCUUCCUUUCCAGAGAUCAGAGGUUUUGAAUUUGCAUGUGCUUGAUGAUGAUAUACCUGAACUGAAAGAAUAUUUCCAGGUGACAUUAGUAUCUGCUAUUACUGGAGAUGGAAAAACAGGUUCAACCCCAACCAGUGGAGCUAGCAUAGAUCCAGAGAAGGAAACUACUUACAUCACCAUCAAAGCUAGUGAUCAUCCAUAUGGUUUGUUGCAGUUCUCUGUUGGGCAGCCUCCUUCAGGUACUGAUGAAACCAUUCUUUCAGCCAUGACAGCACCCCACAUUACUAUCAAGGAAGAAAUAGGACAAGUCAGCUUGCUUGUUGUUCGAGCACAAGGCCUGCUUGGGACAAUUGUGGCACAAUACAGAACAGUUGCACUAACAGCAUUCAGCCCUCAAGAUUAUCAGGGAAUUACAGGGACCUUGGAAUUUCUGCCAGGAGAAAGAUACAAGCACAUUCUUGUGAACAUUACAGACAAUUCUCUCCCUGAGCUAGAAAAGGCUUUCAAAGUAGAAUUGCUGAAUCCAGAUGGGGCAGGACAAGGAAUAAUGAAAGUUGGUGCUGGCAUAAAUGGUGGCAGCAGGUAUAAAGGAUUGAUGCAAGAUGUGAGAUUUUAUGAAUGUAAAUUAACAAAGGAAGAGAUCAGUGAACUUCACGCUAUGCCAGCAAAGUCUGAUUUGUACCCCAUCUCUGGAUACUUAGAAUAUCGACAAGGAGAAAGGAACAAAUCAUUCAUUGUUUCUGUCAAAGAUGACAAAGAAGAGGAAGGAGAGGAGCUGUUCAUUCUAAAGCUUAUUUCAGUUUAUGGAGGAGCACAAAUUUCACAAGACAAUUCAACUGCAACAUUAAGAAUCCAGAAAAGUGAUAAUGCCAAUGGAUUAUUUGGUUUCACAGGAGCAUGUAUUCCAGAGGUCUCUAAUGAAGGUUCUACUGUAUCUUGUGUAGUGGAACGCACCAGAGGGGCCUUGGAUUCUGUUUUUGUGUAUUACACUAUCUCUCAGAUUGAUUCUUAUGGCGUUAAUUAUACUGUUACUGACUUUGCUAACAGUAGUGGGAUUAUAACAUUCCUUCCUUUCCAGAGAUCAGAGGUUUUGAAUUUGCAUGUGCUUGAUGAUGAUAUACCUGAACUGAAAGAAUAUUUUCAGGUGACAUUAGUAUCUGCUAUUACUGGAGAUGGAAAAACAGGUUCAACCCCAACCAGUGGAGCUAGCAUAGAUCCAGAGAAGGAAACUACUUACAUCACCAUCAAAGCUAGUGAUCAUCCAUAUGGUUUGUUGCAGUUCUCUGUUGGGCAGCCUCCUUCAGGUACUGAUGAAACCAUUCUUUCAGCCAUGACAGCACCCCACAUUACUAUCAAGGAAGAAAUAGGACAAGUCAGCUUGCUUGUUGUUCGAUCACAAGGCCUGCUUGGGACAAUUGUGGCACAAUACAGAACAGUUGCACUAACAGCAUUCAGCCCUCAAGAUUAUCAGGGAAUUACAGGGACCUUGGAAUUUCUGCCAGGAGAAAGAUACAAGCACAUUCUUGUGAACAUUACAGACAAUUCUCUCCCUGAGCUAGAAAAGGCUUUCAAAGUAGAAUUGCUGAAUCCAGAUGGGGCAG